CUGCGCUCGGCGGCGCGGAAUAGAAUGAACUGUAACAAAACAAGCCGAGCCUUUGUAUCUGCUUAAAGGGGCCGCAGGCACUUCCCUCCUGUCCCCCCCAACCCCCGCUCGGCUACCGCGUCUCCAGGGCUCCCAGCAACUGUCUGGAAGGGCUUCCCUCACGCUCAGGAACAGCCCGCCAGCGAGGGAAGGCGAGCCAGGCGGGAGGAAAAGAGAAGACACCGCGUUUCUAAGAGGCAAGAAAGGAAGGAAGGAAGGAAAAAAAAUAACCCGAGCGGCGCAGAGUGGACUCUGGUCCCGGAGAGAACGGUCGGGCGCCGGAACGUGGACCGAGAAGCACCGGAAUGCAAACAAAGCUCGCGGGCGCCUGUGCAGGGCUCGCGGGGAAGACCAGAAAGUUUGUUUUAUGAUGGCUUGAGUGAGCGAGUGUGUGCAGGGGAGCGAGGCUGCCAAGUUUCUCCCUCCCGUUGCGUUAUUUGGGGGGAGAUGUCCCUCCCAUGAACCAGCGGGGGGGCCUGGGGGCUUGUGCUGUGGGGGGCACCUGUCUCUCAUUUAUUAUUUUUUUGUGGGGGGAGGAGGGGUGUAACAGCCCAUCAUGUCGAGAGUGAUCCAGAAGAAGAACCACUGGACUAGCAAGGUUCACGAAUGCACCGUGAGACGGGGGCCCCAGGGCGAGCUGGGGGUGACGGUGCUGGGGGGCGCGGAGAACGGGGAGUUUCCGUAUGUCGGAGCGGUGGCCGCGGCCGAGGCGGCGGGGCUUCCCGGCGGCGGCGAGGGCCCUUGGCUGGGCGAGGGGGAGCUGCUUCUGGAGGUGCAGGGGAUCCGGGUGUCCGGCUUGCCCCGCUAUGACGUGCUGGGAGUCAUCGACAGCUGCAAGGAGGCCGUCACCUUCAAAGCCGUCAGACAAGGAGGAAAACUGAACAAGGACCUGCGACAUUUUCUCAAUCAGCGCUUCCAGAAAGGCUCUCCUGAUCAUGAGCUCCAACAGACCAUAAGGGAUAACCUUUACCGCCAUGCUGUGCCUUGCACAACCCGGUCUCCGAGAGAAGGAGAAGUGCCUGGCGUGGACUAUAACUUUCUGACUGUGAAGGAGUUCUUGGACCUCGAGCAGAGCGGGACCCUUCUGGAAGUCGGCACCUAUGAAGGAAACUAUUAUGGGACACCCAAAACCUCCUAGCCAGCCAGUCAGUGGAAAGUGAUCACGACGGAUGCCUUGCAAAGCCUUCAGUCUGGCUCCAAGCAGUCGACCCCAAAGCGAACCAAGUCCUACAAUGAUAUGCAAAAUGCUGGCAUAGUCCACACGGAGAAUGAGGAGGAGGAUGACGUUCCUGAAAUGAACAGUAGCUUUACAGCCGAUUCCGGUGCCCAGGAAGAGCACACUCUCCAAGAAACAGCGUUACCGCCUGUGAAUAGUAGCAUCGUCGCUGCUCCCAUCACGGACGCUUCUCAGAAGUUCCCUCAAUACCUACCUCUUUGUGCAGAGGAUAAUUUAGGUCCUCUACCCGAGAACUGGGAGAUGGCGUACACCGAAAAUGGAGAAGUCUAUUUUAUAGACCAUAACACGAAAACAACAUCUUGGUUAGACCCUCGGUGCCUGAACAAGCAGCAGAAGCCUCUGGAAGAGUGUGAAGAUGAUGAAGGGGUCCACACCGAGGAGCUGGACAGUGAACUAGAACUACCUGCUGGUUGGGAAAAGAUUGAAGACCCUGUCUAUGGUAUCUACUAUGUAGACCACAUCAACAGGAAGACACAAUAUGAGAACCCGGUUCUAGAAGCCAAACGGAAGAAGCAGCUGGAGCAGCCGCAGCCGCAGCCGCAGCCGCAGCCGCAGCCAGAAGAAUGGACGGAACAUCACCCACGUCUUGUGCCUCCUGUUACUCCAAACCACCCCUCGAGCAAUCCGGAGCCAGCCAGAGAAGCUCCACUUCAGGGCAAACCCUUUUUUACAAGAAACCCUUCUGAGUUGAAAGGCAAGUUUAUUCACACGAAGCUGCGGAAAAGCAGUCGUGGCUUUGGCUUCACAGUUGUUGGAGGUGAUGAACCUGACGAGUUUCUGCAGAUCAAGAGCUUGGUCCUGGAUGGUCCUGCGGCAUUGGAUGGCAAGAUGGAAACAGGAGAUGUCAUUGUCAGCGUGAAUGACACCUGUGUUUUGGGACACACACAUGCGCAAGUUGUGAAAAUCUUCCAGUCCAUUCCCAUUGGUGCCAGCGUGGACCUUGAACUCUGCCGAGGUUACCCGUUGCCUUUUGACCCAGACGACCCCAAUACAAGUUUAGUGACUUCGGUAGCCAUUUUGGAUAAAGAACCAAUUAUUGUGAAUGGGCAAGAGACCUAUGAUUCGCCGGCCAGUCACAGCAGUAAAACAGGCAAAGUCAAUGGCAUGAAGGAUGCCAGGCCAAGCAGCCCUGCUGAUGUGGCUUCAAAUGGUUCCCAUGGUUACCCCAAUGACACUGUCUCUUUGGCUUCCUCCAUAGCCACUCAGCCAGAGCUCAUAACUGUUCAUAUAGUCAAAGGCCCAAUGGGCUUUGGUUUUACUAUCGCGGACAGUCCUGGUGGCGGUGGCCAAAGAGUGAAACAGAUCGUGGACAGUCCAAGGUGCCGCGGCCUGAAAGAAGGGGAUCUUAUAGUGGAAGUUAAUAAGAAGAACGUGCAGGCUCUGACCCAUAAUCAAGUUGUGGAUAUGCUGAUUGAAUGUCCAAAGGGAAGUGAAGUCACACUGUUGGUGCAACGAGGAGGGUUGCCAGUUCCCAAGAAGAGCCCAAAGUCGCAACCACUGGAAAGAAAAGACAGCCAGAAUAGUUCUCAGCACAGUGUUUCCAGCCACCGGAGCCUGCACACGGCCUCCCCAAGCCACAGCACACAGGUGCUCCCCGAGUACCCACCUGCAGAGGCCCCAACUCCAGAUCAAACCGACAGCUCUGGGCAGAAAAAACCAGAUCCUUUUAAAAUCUGGGCCCAGUCCAGGAGCAUGUAUGAAAACCGACUUCCAGAUUACCAGGAACAGGACAUCUUUCUCUGGAGAAAAGAGACUGGAUUUGGAUUUAGGAUUCUGGGUGGAAAUGAACCAGGAGAACCUAUUUAUAUUGGUCACAUCGUACCACUGGGUGCUGCUGAUACAGACGGCCGCCUGAGGUCUGGGGAUGAAUUAAUCUGUGUGGAUGGGACACCGGUCAUUGGAAAAUCACACCAGCUUGUGGUCCAGCUUAUGCAACAAGCUGCCAAGCAAGGCCAUGUCAAUCUCACUGUGCGGCGCAAAGUGGUGUUUACAGCCCCCAAAGCUGAGAACGAGGUGCCCUCGCCGGCCUCCUCCCACCACAGCAGCAACCAGCCGGCGUCCCUGACGGAGGAGAAGCGCACUCCGCAGGGCAGCCAGAACUCCCUGAACACGGUGAGCUCGGGCAGCGGCAGCACCAGCGGCAUCGGCAGCGGCGGCGGCGGCGGCAGCGGCGUGGUGAGCGCGGCCGUGCAGCCCUACGACGUGGAGAUCCGGCGCGGCGAGAACGAGGGCUUCGGCUUCGUCAUCGUGUCCUCGGUGAGCAGGCCCGAGGCCGGCACGACUUUUGGCAAUGCAUGUGUGGCUAUGCCUCACAAAAUAGGUCGGAUUAUUGAGGGGAGUCCCGCUGACCGAUGUGGCAAGCUGAAAGUGGGAGACCGGAUCCUGGCAGUGAAUGGAUGUUCCAUCACCAACAAGUCCCAUUCAGACAUUGUCAACCUAAUCAAGGAAGCAGGAAACACAGUUACCCUCCGCAUCAUUCCCGGGGAUGAGUCCUCAAAUGCCACUUUGUUGACCAACGCAGAGAAGAUUGCCACCAUCACCACCACACACGCCCCUUCUCAGCAAGGGGCCCAGGAGACCAGGAAUACCACCAAACCAAAGCCGGAAUCUCAGUUUGAGUUCAAAGCACCCCAGGCAACACAGGAGCAAGAUUUUUACACUGUGGAACUAGAGAGAGGAGCCAAGGGAUUUGGCUUUAGUCUUCGAGGGGGCCGAGAAUAUAACAUGGACCUCUAUGUUCUGCGCUUAGCAGAGGAUGGUCCAGCAGAAAGGUGUGGAAAGAUGAGGAUUGGUGAUGAAAUCUUAGAGAUCAAUGGCGAGACCACCAAAAACAUGAAGCAUUCUCGGGCUAUAGAACUGAUUAAGAAUGGUGGCCGCAGGGUGCGUCUGUUUCUGAAGCGGGGAGACGGCUCCGUACCAGAAUAUGACCCCAGCAGCGACCGCCUCGGCCCCGCCGCCGCCGGGGCACAAGGUGUUCCGGAAGUGAGGGCCGCGCCCCCCGACCGCCGACCGCAUCCGUCAUUGGAGUCCAGUUACCCACCCGAUCUUCACAAAUCAUCACCGCAUGGGGAAAAGCGGGCACACGUGAGAGACCCAAAAGGCAGCAGAGAGUAUAUCAGACACCCCACUGAGCAUCACACAUGGAACGGAACUUCUAGAAAACCCGACAGCGGGGCUUGCCGACCCAAGGACCGGGCAGCGGAGGGACGCAGAGAGGCACCCCCGGAGCGGCCGGUGCCCAAUGGCCCCAAGAGGAGGUCCCCGGAGGAGCGCAGAGAAGGCACCCGCAGCGCGGACACCACUCUGGAGAGGAGGGAGAAGCACGAGAAGAGACGAGACGUGUCUCCGGAGCGGAGGCGCGAGCGCUCGCCCACCCGCAGGAGGGACGGCUCGCCCAGCCAUCGGAGGCGCUCCCUCGAAAGACUCUUGGAUCACACGCGGUCCCCGGAGCGGAGGAGAGGGAGCUCGCCGGAGCGCAGGGCCAAGUCCACCGAGCGCAGGCGCGAGCGCUCCCUGGAGAAGAGGGGCAGGGAGGACAGGGUCGGCCACCGAGAGAGGGAAGAGCCCAGUCUGAGACAGGACGCGGGCAGAAGCUCCAGACACGCCCCCGAGCAGAGAAGGCGACCUUACAAAGAAUGUAGCACCGACCUCAGUAUCUGAGACUCCGAGGCA